AUGUCCUCGUCGUGGCCGACACUUAUCGUGCUACUCAUCAUCCUAGCUGGUAUGGCGGGUGCUUGGUUCUUCACACCGAAGGGGCCUCAGCAGACACUCAUUCGGACCGCCUGCAUGCUUACAUUGGCAUGCUGCUAUCUCAUGUGGGCUGUUACGUAUCUUGCACAGGUACACCCUCUAGAGAGACCACGGCGAUUGCUGGUGGAGGAGUAG